UGGUCCUGAUCGGUCCUUUGAGAAAGCGCCUAUUUGCGCUAUCAAUACCAUAAAGUGAUCCGAAUAGAAUGUUGAGCCUUUUAUUUAAGGCGUAAUAUUUCUUUGUUUUCAUGCUGUUCCCAGUCACCGAACGGAAGCCUUGCACAGCCUCAGCCUUGUCAGACACACAUGGCAAGCGCCGCGAACACGGUUCACAUUCACGGGACGAUCGACUCUUUAUAGAUAUCAACCGCCAUCUACGGUACUGCAGCUUUCACAAUCACGCAUCGGGUACCAGCGUGGGUAAAAAUAAGUUCGCUCCUUUCACCGUUAUUGGUGAAAGAACAGAGGCUCAGACCAACACCGGACUAUUCUUUCAACGGUAGCCUCUAUUUAAACUCAGAUGUCCCGAAGAAGCUCGCGCCUUGCCAACUCCAUCUUACCUCUUGCAAAGAAAGCACGGACGAGCAAAAUGAACGAAUUUCAUAUUCCAGAUGAGGUGUUGGAAUUUCCAGCUUUCAAAAACUGGAUCGAAACUUUAAAGUCGAACUUGGCGCUCCAAGAAAUUCCCGGACAUGUCUAUCACACGUCUCCUUAUUACCUGCGAGACAUCAAGAUUCAAGCCCUUGAUCGGUUCGGCAAGCGCAUCGGAUUCAUGAAGAUUGUGGCCCACAUCACCAACUCCGAGGGCGAGUUUCUACCGGGUGCGAUAUUCUUAAGGGGUGCCAGUGUGGGCAUGCUAGUCCUUCUUCAACCUGACGACUUGCCAGCUAGCAGCCAGGAUGAAAAGCACGUGAUUAUGACUGUGCAAAGCCGUGUUGCAGCUGGAGGCUUGCAAUUUGUCGAGUUGCCAGCUGGUAUGGUCGACAACGGAACAUUCGCAGGAACUGCCGCAAAGGAGAUUGAAGAAGAGCUCGGUCUGAAGAUUCGCGAGGAUGAGCUGAUCAAUUUGAGCGAAUUGGCAAUCCCGCCUACCAAGGAGGGAGAAGAGCAAUGCCCUAGAGCCAUGUUUCCCAGCUCUGGCGGGUGUGACGAGUACAUUCCGAUUUUUCUUUACGAGAAAAGAGUUCCCAGAGGCCAACUAAAAGGAUGGACGGGGAGGUUGACUGGUUUGAGAGAGGAAGGCGAAAAGAUCACUUUGAAGUUGGUCAAGCUGGAGGAUUUGUGGCUUGAAGGCGCAAGGGAUGCAAAAGCAUUGGCAGCCUGUGCACUCUAUGAGGGCCUAAAGAGAAGCAGAAAGUUAUGAUUGGUGGUCAUUGAGCGUCGUACUUCAGUCAAAUCACUGGUUUUCGUUACAUAGAUGGUCAACGGGAGCUGUGACCGUACAGUACCACAUUCGUUACUUGGGAAACUUUAGCUGGUUCGUCUCUUAUUGAGGAGAAGCUGACUGUUAUUAAAUGGCAAGUUUCUCAAAUGUGGCAGAAAGUGGAAGGUGCAGGCAUUCGGGAAAGAUUACAUUGAUAUUUCAUCUACCACGACUUUGUCUCAGGAAGAGUCCUUGAUCGUUUCAAUGCUUCGUAGAGGGACCAGGCCGCCAAGGUCUUCGCAUCCCUUGCCCCGAUCUUCCAAAGAUCUUCGUAUGGUAAUAUUCUGACUGUUAUCAUCUCUGAUUCUCCCGUUCUCUUCCCACUCAGUCUCCCCUUAAGAGACUCGAUCUCUUGUCUAUCAAGCACCUUCUCCCACAGAAAGAGUGCGAUGAACUCGUCACAACCCCCAGGGCUAGGAUACAUUCCAAUUUGCAGCUCCUCUUUGGAUGACUGCCCCUUGAUCUGGUCUAAAGCGAGUUUUGUCAAGUCCUGCAACUCAUUGGUAUGUACAGUGAGCCCAGUUUCUUCGCGAAUCUCGUUCAACGCAGCGCUGUGAAAGUUUUUGUUGUCAUCAAUCAUUCCGGCUGGGAUCUCCAGGAAUCGCAGACUUCCUGCUGGUAUUCGUGGCUGCUCGGUCAUGAUCACCCAUCUCUCCGUAUUCGAGUCGGAUGGCCGAAGUAUCAUCAACAUUGCGAUGCUUCCCCCUCGCAGGAAUACAACCCCUGGCAGCUUGGAGGCCUCUUUAUUCGGACGCUC